AACUAUGCUAGUGUACUGUAGAUGCAGAGAGGUGUGUGUAGUGUAUUGUCAGCCGUACGUUACUGAGACACCGGCGUGGGAUCUAGAGGAUGAUUGACAGUUGCCUGUGCUGAGUCACACAGCAGAAUGUCUGGUGUGCCCUGCGGGGCAUUGCAACACCACACUGUGCCUGUAGCCUGUGCCAUCAUCUGUUCCUGGCUGUUGAUCCUGGUCCAUUCUGUCCUUUGCCAGAAACCUGCAAAGCUGCCUCUGGUGGGCCGCAAGCCUUUCCUGGCUGCCUGGAAUGCUCCGCUGGAUAUGUGUACAUUGAAGUACAAUAUUAACGUCAGCCUUGAUAUUUUCCACAUCAGCGGCAGUCCACGAGCCGUCCACACGGGCCAGAAUGUCACCAUCUUUUAUGCUAACCGUCUGGGCUACUACCCUUUCUAUAAUGAGCAAGGGGUUCCAAUCAAUGGAGGCCUACCUCAGAACACCAGUCUUGAAGCACAUCUUCGCAAAGCCCGAAAAGACAUAGCGCACUUCAUCCCUUCCGAAGACUUCCGUGGCCUGGCUGUAAUCGAUUGGGAGUUUUGGCGGCCACAGUGGGAUCGUAACUGGCACAAAAAAGACAUUUACCGGAAAAAUUCACGUGAACUGAUUGCACAGGCUUACCUUAAUGUGACAGAGGAACAGGUGGAGGAGCUGGCACGCUUGCGCUUUGAGAAAAGUGCCAUGGAAUACAUGCAGGGCACACUGCAGCUCGCUAUACAAACUCGUCCACAUGGACUUUGGGGUUUUUAUCUCUACCCUGACUGUCACAAUUACAACAUACAUGAACUCAACUACAGUGGCACAUGCCCUCAACGGGAGAGCGAACGUAACGACCAGCUGUUUUGGUUGUGGAACAGCAGCACUGCCCUUUUCCCGGCCCUUGCUAUACGUAAGGGCCACACAGACAGCGUUCGCAACCUGCACUUCUCGCAGAACAGGGUACUAGAGUCGCUGCGACUGGCCUCACUUACCUCACUUCCCUAUGAGCUGCCUACGUAUGUAUACACGCGGCUGGGGUAUAGAGAUGAUGCCAUGGCCUUCCUGACUCAAAAGGACUUGAUUCAUACAAUAGGAGAAAGCGCUGCUUUGGGAGCUGCAGGAUUUGUCAUUUGGGGGGAUCUUAACCUCACAUCCUCAAGGCACAACUGUUCCAAAGUGAAGGCAUUUAUGAACCACAGACUGGGUCAGUACAUCACUAAUGUUACCCGAGCAGCAGAAGUCUGUAGCGACUUCCUGUGUCAGUCCAAUGGACGCUGUGUCCGACGAGACCCACAGGCACCGCACUACCUACACCUGAGCCGCAGCAGCUAUCGGAUCCAGUCUAACCGGAAUGGCACAUUCACUGUAACUGGCUGGCACUCACAGCACGAGCUCCAGCUACUAGCCGACAGGUUCCGCUGCCACUGUUACCAGGGCUAUGGGGGAGACCGCUGUGAUAGCAUAGAACCAGAGGAGACAGAGGAGGAUAACAUGAUAAAAGAGGAUGUGGAUGGGGAGGUUCAAAAGGAACUGGAGGACCACGAACACAUAAGGGAUACUGCUGUGCCUUUACAAAAUGGCUUGAUUCUGUGUACUCUACUCCUCUUGUUGAACUUUGGUUUUAUUUAGAGGUGAAGUGUGUCAUUUCUGCACCACUUGCAUCAUCAGGUGGAAUUGCAAUAAGAACAAUAAUCAUUUUUAAAACACUCCCCUUGUCUCCCAUUGACUGAACAAACAGAUAGCCCCACCCCAGAGUCACAUGAAAUCACUGUUGUAUUGUGGGGUUGGUUAGAUUCAUAAGCAAACAGAGAUUUAAAAAAAAGGGCUACAGAGCUAAUGUUUACUAGUGGUUGAUGAAUAUAUUUGUUUUCAGAUACUUUUUAAAACCCUUUUUGCAAGGCGUUGCAGAUAUCUUUGGCCAAAGUAUUCUUAGAACAACUGCUGCUAUUACAUUUAAAUGUAUUUUAUACAAUAUUUACAAAAUUGUUAUUUGAAAAUGGAUAAAAAUGAAAUACAAAAUUUUAUUGAAGAUAAUACAUACUACUUUUUUACACAUACUUUAAGGAUACAUUUACCAGAUGUUUUUGUAUAAUAAUCAACUUACAAAUGAAGAUAAUAGAAACAAUUCAAAUAAACAAAAUAGUAGCAAUAUUAUGUGGUGCUGUGACAAUAUGGCAAGCUGUUUUGACAUUUAAUCAAUAGCUUGUACUAGUAUCUAUUUUCAUGUAACUAGUGCUUAUUUUUUAGAUACUAGUACCUAAUCUUUAGAUACUAGUGCUUAUUUAUUAUAUACUAGUGCUUAUUCGUUAGAUA